AACGCCAUCAGCGAGUCCACAGCGUACAGUCGACGAGUAGCAGGAGCUAGUGGGAGGGGAGUAGCUAGUAGCUCCGAGCUGCCUGCUUGGUAGCGUGGACUUCAUACGCUCACUCGGGACCGCGUCAUACUUUAAGCCUUUUAAAAGUUACGCCAAGUCCAAGGUGGCUCGAGCGACAAAGCGUCGCCGCGCCACUCGGAGGUAAACGCCCGGCUGACGUGAAACUUUGCACUCGCGGGGCCCAAACGACACUUUUUUUCCCCCUCGGGGCUCGCGGACGUGUGCGCGGUGAGGCUAGCUCGCUAGCACUCACUUGUGCUAGGCGGCUAAGGCUUAGCGUCGACUUGGGCUAGCUAGGCGGCUAACGGCAGGGGCUCGGCCUGGAGCCACUCGGGCUAGCUGGCUAGCGAGGUCCGACUCGGCGCCCCCCGCCCCCACCCCCGACCCAAAAAAAGUUGUUUACCUCCACUUGUGGAUGUGGUCGCCCCGCGAGUUUUUGUCCACUUUUCUCUGGGACACGAAGGCAAGGACCAAAAGUUCACCCUGGAUCUAAGCGCGGCGGCUUUUGGGAAAGUAGCAGGAUGUCGAGCGAGCUUGAAAGCGGUCACUUGGACUCCACUUUGACAGCGGCGGCCGCGGCGAGCUGCGGCGCAUCCGACCAGCAGAAGCCGACCCCCCAAAGCGACAAGUCCGCGGAGGCUCGGCGGGCCGGCGCGGCGGAAGCGCCGGUAGCCGAGGAAGGCGACGGCGAGCCGAGCCUCGACGCCGACGGGGCGGCCGAGAAAGUCGUCGCGGCUCCGCCGCCCAAAGUCAACGCGUGGACCCGCAGGACGACGGGCAGGGUGCCGCUGCACAGCGUCCACCCGUCGGCCUCGCAGGACAGAGAUCAGCAAAACGCUCUGAAGGUCAUCCGUGCCAGCAAACCCAGAACCAGAAAAUCCAGCAAGUCGGGCGACUUUGGCGACAUCACCAACUGGCCGACGCCCAGCGAACUGGCCAAGGAGCGGCAACAAAAUGUGGUCAACAACAACAACGGCGGCGGCGGCGGCAAGAAGCCGGCGUCCUCCCGCCGGGACAAGGACAAGAAGUGCGAGCGACCCGACAGGAAGUCCGAGAGCAGCCAUGAUGGAGGAGGAGGGGGAGGGGGCGGCGGCGAGAGCAAAGAGAACCGCCAGACGCCGCCGCAGCAGCCUCGGGCGGAGCCGCCGGACGCCGACGGAGACGCCAAGGCGGGACAGGACGCCAAAAACGGCAGUCCCAAGAAGAGAGGAGGUAACAAACGUAAGUGGGUGUCCCUGCCGCUGGAGGACGCCACCCGGGACGGCGGCGGCGCCAGGACGCCCGGCGGGGCCCCCGCCCACUCCCAAGCCGAGCCCGGCGGCGACUCGCUCCACCCGACGUCGCCCGGUCACGCGGCGCAUAGCGGCGGCGGCGGCGGCACCAGCGACGGCGGCAGGAGUUGGAGGAGGGAACCCCACGACUUUGCGGACGACGCGGCCAGCGUGAGGAGCGACGGAGGCGGCGGCUUCCGCGGCGCCCCCAGAGGCCGAGGCAAAGGGCGCGGGGGGCGCGGGAGAGGCCGCGGCAGAGGUCGCUUCGAGUACUCGCAGGGCUUCCGCGACGGGACGGACGGCGCCGCCUCCGAGUUCAACGGCGGGGGGGGCGGCGGGGGGGGCAUGGUUUACUACUACGACGACGGCAACAAAGUGCAGAUGUACACGGUGGACGAGAAGCUUCUCAAGGAGUACAUCAAGCGACAAAUCGAGUACUACUUCAGCUUGCACAACCUGGAGCGAGACUUCUUCCUUCGGAGGAAGAUGGACGCUCAAGGCUUUCUGCCCAUCUCGCUCAUCGCCAGCUUCCACCGCGUCCAAGCGCUCACCACCGACGUCAGCCUCAUCGUGGAGGCCCUGAAGAACAGCAAGGAAGUGGAGCUGCUGGACGACAAGGUGCGCUGCAAAGCGGAGCCCGAGCGCUGGCCCAUCCCGGCGCCACCCGUCGCGGGCUCGCCCAGGACGACCGACUUGGCGCAGCUCGUUCACUGUCCCGAGUUCGUUCCACGGCAGAGCGUCGCUGUCGCUAACGCCGCUUCGCCGCCCGCGAAGGAGACCCCCACUGAGCCCGCGACGUCUCAAGACCCCGCGGAUGAGCCCCCAACUUCCGGACAGGAGCCAGUCACGGUGGCUGACGCCCCAAAAGACGCCCCCGAUGCCUGGAUCCAGGUGGAGAAACGUCAGCGACACGCCUCCGGCAAAGCAAAGGACCGCGGCGAGGCUCCGCCGCAGCACCAGCCGGGGCGCGUCUCGGCCGCCGCCCCCCCGCAGGCCGACCAGGAGGAGCUGGACUUCAUGUUCGACGAGGAGAUGGAGCAGAUGGCGCCGCGCAAGAACCAGUUCACCGACUGGUCGGACGACGACGACGACGACUCGGACUACGAGCUGGACGAUCAGGACGUCAACAAGAUCCUGAUCGUCACGCAGACGCCGCCGUACGUCCGGAAGCACCCCGGCGGCGACCGCACCGGCAACCACCAGUCGCGCGCCAAGCUGACCGCCGACCUGGUCAAGGCCAUCAACGACGGCCUUUAUUACUACGAGCAGGACCUGUGGAAGGGAGCCGAGCAGAGCGAGUGCGCCAAGCAGGAAGUGGAGAACUUCAAGAAGCUGAGCGUCAUCAGCCAGGACCGCUUUGACACGCUGACGCCCAAAGUAGCCGCGGACCCCGAUCAGGAAGUGCCGUCCCCGCCGGCUGCCGUGCCCGGCGAGACGGAAACGGCUCGCUCCUUGCCCAAAAGCGUGCCGGAAUCGCCCGUCGCCCGCCAGCCCAGGACCCCGAGGACGCCGCGCACGCCGGGGCGUCAGGACCCCACCAAGGCACCGCGCUUUUACCCCGUGAUGAAGGAGAGCGGCUCCGUGGAUGGACAGAUGCCCAGGAAGAAGAAGACCCGGCACAGUUCCAACCCACCGCAGGAGGCGCACAUCGGCUGGGUGAUGGACUCACGCGAGCACCGGCCGCGAUCCGCCUCCAUCAGCAGCUCCAACGCGUCUCCCUCCGAAGGGGCCCCGCUGACGGCGGGUUACGGCUGCACGCCGCAGUCGCUGCCCAAGUUCUGGCACCCGUCGCACGAGCUGCUGCGCGACAACGGCUUCACGCAGCAGGGCUACCACAAGUACAGACGACGAUGCCUGAACGAGCGUAAGCGGCUGGGCGUCGGCCAAUCGCAGGAGAUGAACACCCUGUUCCGGUUCUGGUCCUUCUUCCUGAGGGACAACUUCAACAGGAAGAUGUACGAGGAGUUCAAACAGUACGCCCUGGAGGACGCCAAAGACAACUACAGGUACGGCCUGGAAUGCCUGUUCCGGUACUACAGCUACGGCCUGGAGAAGAGGUUUCGCUUGGACCUGUUCAAGGACUUCCAGGAAGAGACCCUGAGAGACUUUGAGAGAGGUCAGCUGUACGGCCUGGAGAAGUUCUGGGCCUUCCUCAAGUACUCCAAGAUGAAGAAUCAGACCGUCGACCCGAAGCUGAAAGAACACCUCUCCCAGUUCAAGAACCUGGAAGACUUCAGGGUGGUGCCCCCCAUGGGAGAGGAAGGAGGCCGGAGGAGAUGCCACUCGUCGGCGGCGGGGGACGAGGGCAGGCGUCGCCGUCAUCCCUCCAACUCUACCUCAAAGUCGACGCAGGCGUCCUCCAAAGCGCCACCGACGCACCACAAAGACGGAGGCGCCCAGAAGAAGAAAGCGGAUGAGCCCAAAUCGGCAAAGAAGGACGCGGAAUGAAGAUGGCGAAGCGCGCGUUGUUGACCUGAUGCGCUGUUUGCGGCACUUUGCUACAAAGCCGCCGUCUGGAUUGUCUACGCAAACGUUUACAACAUCGGAUGCAUUCCGUGCAUUUUGAUCCUCACUUUUUUUGCCAAACUCGAUCACUCGAUCUGUAAACCGCCGCCGCGGCCGCCCUCCUGUGCCUUAAUCUUUUCCGCCCCCCCGUUUAAAUGUACUUUUAUUUUUCUAACGUCUUUUAAAGGUUCAUCGGAUUCAAAGAAAUGACAUAUGCAUUUUAAUUGUGACAAUCAUGUCGACACUUUUAAUUCAAAUACAUUUGAUGCCACCCGCAAGCUUUAAAAAGUCCCUUCUGACGUAAUUUAUUCUUUUAUUUCUGGUCGUUGUCGACUUGAUUGAUGGUGUGGUCAUGACUUUUUGCUUCAUUAUUGAAUAAUUUCUGCUGGAAUUAUGGGAUUGAGCUAGCCACGGAAAGAAAACCUUACAGUGGCGUUCCUUUUAUUUUAAUUUUUUUUGUUCAAAGUUUACUGGAUAUUACGCUUUAGGCUUUUUGGUGCUUUUAGGGCACUUAAAUUGCUUUUCUUAUUUCCAUUAUUGCUUCAAUGGACUUAUAAUUGAGGUUUUAAAGUUGAAUUAAAGAAAAAAAUGUAAAUACUAUAUAAAAAAAUUUCAGUUACUCUUUGAUUUUAGGAAGUGAUUGAUCAGUAGCGUUUUUUUUUGGAGUGUUUUUUUUUUUGGUGGGUGGGGGCGAGGGGAGUAAUGCAUGUUAAUAUCUUGAAUUGUACUGUAAAAAUGCCCAAAAAAUACUAAAUAAAAAUCGAUUGUAUAAAUGUA